AUGUCCAGCCAAACCUGGCCAGAUAGCUACUCCCAGAUUGAAGUAAUAUCCUACAUUUUGAAGAAUUUUGGUCAACCCAAGUUUAUCCUGGUACAUGAUAAAUCCACCACGUCCUCAACUGCAUCAGAGUUUGCAGAGGACAGAAUACUCCAAUUUGCACAGGAUCAAUUUAUCCCAUUUAAAGAACUUCUACCUGAAAUUAACAUCACAAGCGACAUCAUUGACGAAGAAAUAUUCCGCUUAAUAUCAACUUUCUCCAAGUCCAAAUUUAACCCAGCAAUCUAUAGCCACUUACUGCUUUUACCGACAUCCUCACUACGCAAAAGUUCCCCACAACCACACCCCCUCAUCCUCUUUAACUCGGUCACUUUACUGAUUCGAGAUACCCCAAAAUUACCCCCCAUUUUCUCCAACAGCUUUCCCCUCGCAACCUUCCUCCUCAGCUCUGCCGGACCAUACCAAAUCUGUCACUUCUGCAGUCUCCAUAAUUACCACGCAUUCAGAAAAAUUACACCCCACUUCCAAACCUCAUCGUCCCCAUUACACGAAAAUUUCCACCUGGCUCCCAUCUACAUUGGAAAUCUUGGCCAAUUUUCGGGCAAAAUUCCCCCCAGGUUUUUAACCCCACAAAGAAACCGAGUAAACUUGAUAACAUUUCUCGCCGUCAACGUGCAACUUCUCUUCAACCUCACCGUCUACGCUGUGCCCAGCAGUGAAGAUGACAACGGGAUGGAAUCCGUCAUCGUCAUGGUGCUCAAGUCAACCGCGAAUCCUGUCGAAAACUUGUUCAGCUUCGGAGAGAAGAAGGAAAUCACAUUUAUCACGAAGCGUCAACCCCACCCGUUCGACUGGACUUGGAUCAAGGGGCCUUUUGAGCCUCAAGUGUUGAUCCAUUUUGCCCUCGCAUUCGUCAUCAUGUCGAUUUUUAUCUAUUUGAUCGUUACCUUAUUGAACGAUUGCGGUUUACAAAUUAGCAUUUUGCCCUUCACGAUUUCGUCCUCGUUCGAACUCAUUUUAAGGCUGGUGUUGGACCAACACUUGGAAAAGUUACCGUCAUCAAGGACACCAUUUCGGGUCGCAUUUUGCUCCUGGCUUUUGUGCUGUCUCGUGGUCACGGAAACUUAUCGGGGCGAAAUUGUGGGACAUUUCGUCAAACCGCUGUACCUUGAUGGGCCCCUGAACUUCUUAACGUUGGGGCAAAGUGGGAAUUUCUUUGUGAAUGGGUUCAAAAUUGAAAGAAGGAAUACAACGAGUUGGAUUAGCAAUGUCGUUCGUAUCCUUGAGAUGGAAUUUGAAGCCAGAAAUUUGAAAAAAUAUGGACAAAUUUUGGACAAGUUUAAAACUUCGGAAAAUCGUUUUUUGGAAACGCCAUUUGACGCGUAUAAACGUCUCGUGUUCACGGAAGAUGCUUUCAUCGAGGAAACCACGAGAUUGGAAAUGUUUGUGGGGAUGGACAUUGCUAAAAAUAUGUUCCAACUGGGAGAAGAUUCCAUUGCCAGAUAUGCGUACACGAUCGUGAUGAAAAACGUUUUUAGCAGGAAUAUUCUAAGCGUUUUUCAGACUAUGGUUGAUUCAGGCCUAAUUCAGGAGAAGGUGGCGGGUCAAAGAUCACUUUCAAAAUAUAGGUUUAACGCAAUGAUGAAAAAAAUGAUAAAAAAUGAGACCGACGGGGUACGUGAAGAGUUGGAAAUUGGGAAAAGUGAGACACAUGUCCCAUUAACGAUUUAUCAUGUUAAGAACGUUUAUAUCAUUAAGGAUGUGUUUUAUGGCGUUGCGGCUAUAAUCUUGGUCCUGGAAUGUGUAAUGGAUCGGUAUCAUAUGGCGAGUAGUUGUGAUAACUUUAGAUGCAAGUUGCAGGAAUAUAUGUUUGUUCUUUGGGUUUGGAUAAGGCUCAAGUUUAUUUUAUUGUACAUUUAUAUUUUUUCAGAAUUUCCACAAUGGGUCAAGACAUAACUUUAUGUUAACAUAUUUACAUAUGUAGCAAGCAAACUCAAUAGCUAAGACAUUUCAAUGCUCGGGUAAUAUUUUUAGAAAAUAUCUUAUUAUUUUUGGAAAAUUAAGAUCAGCUUGGUUAAACUUGGAGAAAGUCAUUUCAUUCAAGUGCAUUGUACUUACCUAACUUAUGUAUUUAAUUGACAUUUGAAAAAUUUUAAUAAAUAUUACCUAUACACUCUUAGAAAUGUAUCUAACUUAGCGCUGAGUUGCUUGCCUACAUACACUGUACGGGGUAUUGAUAAGUCUACACAGGGUAAAGUGGCCAACCCUUCACCGGGUUUGCCCAAACUUUACUCUGUUUAGCCAACAUUACUUGCGUUUACUCGAGCAAGAGUUGCCAAUGCAUAUCUUACCCAUGGCAGAGUUAUCUGAGUUGGGCGCGAGGUCGGCUGGUAAACCACAAAGCACCUCAUUCCACACUCAACCGCCUUCCGCAUACGCUGCGAGUGUCAUUUUGGCAGUGGAAAUUUAUUUAUUUUCUGACCCCCAUUUAAUUUUAACCACCCCCACUCGAAAAUGGCAACACAAGAAGUGCAAGGACUUCUACAGCAAUUUGGAUUACAAGAAUCGUAAAAAAUUGAGGAUCACCAUAUUACAGAUGACGAAUUACUAGAGCCAUCGAAGGGGGAGAGACGAGGGAUGAAAUUUUAAAAUUGAUAAAUAAUUAAUAAAAUUUUAAAUUGAA